GGGUCUUGGAGGGUGGGACACGUGGCAGUAGGGUCCACAAGAACUCGAAUCUACAGCGAUUUUCAUCUGACGGUCUACGGUGAAGCACCAGAAGAAUGGCGGAGCACCUGGGUCUUCUUUCUGACUUCACUCCCUUCCCGCCUUUAUUCAGUUGUCCGAAGGAACACUUUCCGAACAACCUUGGAGAAUCCUAAUCGUUUUCUGAGGCGAAGAGAUGUGUGGGAGAGCUCGUUGUACUCUGAGAAACGACGACUUCCUUAGGGCUUGUUAUCGCGACAAUGGUCCUGUUCGUUCCGUCAAUAUGGACCGGUAUAGGCCAUCAUAUAAUGUGUCUCCGGGAUUUAACGUGCCAGUUGUUCGUAGAGAAGAUGCAUCUGAUAGCGAAGGUUGUGUUCUUCAUUGCAUGAAGUGGGGGUUAGUUCCCAGUUUCACCAAGAAAACAGAGAAACCUGAUCACUACAAGAUGUUUAAUGCUCGGUCUGAAUCUGUUGGCGAAAAGGCUUCAUUUCGCCGCCUUCUUCCGAAAUGCAGGUGCCUUGUGGUUGUAGAAGGAUUUUAUGAGUGGAAAAAGGAUGGAUCAGGAAAACAGCCUUACUACAUUCACUUCAAAGAUGGACGCCCUCUUGUCUUUGCUGCUCUUUAUGAUUCUUGGCAAAAUUCUGAAGGUGAGAUGCUUUAUACAUUCACAAUUCUCACGACCUCUUCAUCUUCAUCCCUGCAGUGGUUGCAUGAUAGGAUGCCUGUUAUUUUAGGUGACAAGGGUUCUACUGAUACGUGGCUAAACAAUUCUUCCAAUUACAAGACAGUGCUCAAGCCAUAUGAGGAAUCUGAUUUGGCGUGGUAUCCAGUCACCCCUGCAAUGGGCAAGCCAUCUUUUGAUGGGCCUGAGUGCAUAAAAGAGAUUCAACUCAAGACAGAAAGGAAUGCUUCAAUUUCUAAGUUCUUCACAAAAAAAGGAGCUGAAAGGAAAGACUCAAAGCCAGAGCAGAGAGUAUCAAGUCAUGAACAUGUCAAAAUUGAAAAUCUGCCGAAAGCGACGAAGGAGGAACCUGAAACUGAGGAGGGAGAUGAUGAGAAAAAGACCAGAGAAUGUAACUAUGAUAAAGAUGAUGCGGCAAAGCAUCAAAUCAAGCGUGAUUAUGAGGCUUUUAAAGAAGAUUCAAAGCCAGCUUUUCAUGAAAGCGCAAGUCCAGUGAAGAAAAAUGCAAAAGUGAAGAGUUCUGCGGAUGAUAAACAAUCAUCCUUGUUUUCAUACUUCGGGAAAUGCUAAUCUAGUUUGCUGUUGUGGUAAGACUUAGAUUUCUAUGUUUGUUCUACUAAUGAUGUAAACCAUGAAGUGACGUUUUCUUUAGGUUGGCGUAGGCACAUUAAGUAACGCUUCAUGCUAUCUAUCAUGUUCCCUAAUCUCACUGUGGAGCUUCUUAACCUGUGGAUAACAUUCGAGAUCUGACAGAACUGUUUCUUUUCCCCACUCUUUUGUUGGCUCAACGAAUUUUCUAAGUUGUUAUCUCCUAUUGUAUAAUUU